GGCUGCCUGGGGCGCGGGGCGCGGGGCGCAUGGUCGGGAGCGCACGGGAGGACAGCGGAGCCUGGCUGGCGGCGGCUGGCGGGAACGGUGGGAGCGCCGAGCCUGGCCGCGGAUUUCCGCCUCGUGCUCAGCGCCCGCCCAGGUCCCCAAACUCCUUGGACUCCAAGAUGGAAUCUGAUUACUUGAAAAGGUGCUUUGGAAAUAGCCUGACCCAGGCAUUGGCAGAGAUAGCAAAAGUUCAGCCCAGUGAUCCAAUAGAAUAUCUGGCUCACUGGCUUUAUCAUUACAGAAAAAUUGCAACAGACAAAGAAAAGGAUAGGCAAGAGAAGAUCCAGCUACAUGAAGAAUAUCACUGUAGCCUGAAGGAAAAGGAAAUGAUGGAAAUUCUGAAACAAGAAGAGUGUCAGAUACAACAGAAAUAUGCAGAGUGUCACAAGGAACAGAUUUCCACAGAGAAGGCCACAAUCAUGCAGGAUAACAAAAAACCUUUUGAGAAGGGGGCCUUGGAACAAGAAUCCUUGCCAGAUACUUUUGAUAGGAUUCCAACAGUGCCUCAACGGAGUUCUCCUUCAGAGUCAGCCAGCCAGACUUAGCAGACCUUUGACACACCACAGAAGACAUUUCCUCCCGAAGUUACUCUUCAAAUGCCUCCUCGCUCCAAAUCCCCUCCCUAGAGGAUCAGAAUGGAGAGAAUUUGAAGGAUUUCUAUUAAUUCUGCAAGCCAAGAAAAUGAUUAACAAGAUGAGCUCUUGCCUACACCAAGACUUGAGGGUCUGUGAAAAGGGGUGUCAGAAGGUUCUCUCCAGCCCAAGGACUGGUCUGCUAGCCAGGAAAUCCCAAAAUCAUGACAAAAGUUGCACUAGUUGUAGGAUUAAAUCAAUUCACAAUAAGGAUCAAAACAAGUGACAAAACUGAUGAGACUUGUUUUAUUAUUUUGAUUUUUUAGAUUACACGGUAAAACGCAUCCCAUGAGCUCGUGCCUUAAUAUCAGCUGCUUUUUGUAAUCAGGCCUCUUGAGAUAUUUGCACAUGUCCUGGAGACUUCCUAUGUCACUAAUAGUAGGUAGUUUUUUUUAACUGUUAAUCACUAUCUUUAUGUUUUUCUACUAUGAUAAAAUACACAUAAUAUAAAAUGUACUCUUUCUCCCAUUCUUGAGUUUCAGUUCAGUAUAUUACGUGCAAUCAUAUAGUUGUUAACCAUCAACAAUCGCUGCCAAAAACUUUCCAUCUUACAAAGCUAAAAUCUCAAGCCUAUUAAGUAAUAACUCCCUAUUUCAUCCUCUGCCUGUACUCUAGAAAUGGCCAUUCUGCUUUUCUGUUUCUAUACUAUCCUGAGUAUCUCAUAUAAGUGGAGUCAUACAGUAUUUAUCUUUUUGUAACUUAUGUUAUUUAGUAUAAUGUUCAUCCACAUUGUAUCACGUGCCAGGGUUUUCUUCCUUUUUAAGGCUGAGCCAUAUUCCACACUGUGUAUGGACCACAUAGACUGUCAGUCUGCAUUUGACCACCACACUCGUGCGAUGUGUGGAAUAAAUAAGAAGAAAACUGAAGAAAAAUGGGUCAUUGAUUAAGUGAAGAUACUAAGAGUUAGGAGUGUGGGAAAUCCAUGAGGGUGGUCAGGUUUCUGGCUCAAGUACCAUGGAGUAUAGGGUGACUUUUCCUGCAACAUAAAGGAGGAGGAGCGUGUGUGGACAUGCUGAGUAUGGGGCACCUAUGAAUAGAACAGUUGUGCACAAACGCAGCAGGAAGGUAUUAUACACAGGAUGUGUAAGAAGAGGCGAGAGCUUCAAGGACCAUCUUAGAAUUCUUUCUACUGUACACACGACUCUUCAGAAAGUAGUAAGCUGCAUCAGAGAUAUACUGUGAAAGGGUACUGUAGGAACUGGGAGGCAGUCAGUGGCCAGAGUUGAUGAGGACCAUGCCGUGGAGGAAUCCCCCCAUGAGCAAUGAUGAGAAGACGCUGGGAGGAGACCACCUGUGGAACGAUGCAACUUGAUAUAUGGGCUGUGAUGAGCCACAUAAAUAGGCAUCAGCUGAAAGGCAGUGGCAGGCCUCUGCAUGCUAGGAUCUCUGCUGGGCCACUCUGGCUCCCUUCCCUUCCUUGAAAGAUGGAGAGACUGAAGCAGGGACCUUACAUCAAGGGAGCAUGGGUAUAGGAACUGUGCUGGCAGCUCAGUUACCCCAAGGGUCAGCAGCAUCUGCCCUCUGCUGUCUUGGCUGCUACUGAGAUAAACACCAUCAAUCCAGCCAACUCUGCUUCUGAUGAUUCUUAAAUUACAUUUUUCACUGACUUUGUAAUUCUGGAUUAUAUAUUGUUGAAUUGUCAUGUAGUUGUCCAUAAACUAAAGACUGAACUGAGAAUGAGUGA